AUGGGAGAUAGCGAGUUUCUUACUAACGCCGAAUCGACAUUGGGGCAAGAUGCCAAUAAACCGCUGACAGACGUUCCACGCGAACUGUCACCAACUUAUUCCCUUGAGGAUACUGUGAAUUGUGUUGAGUCAUUAGACGCCGUGAUAUCGGCACCAUCGCAUGAAACUUUCUUGACAUCCCGUACAUCNGGUCGGACUGUAUCUACCACAACAACAACCAGCGCGGUGGAGUAUUCGUCCCUUACAACUUCACAAACGUGCUCUUCCAUUGGAGACAGUGGAUUCUCUUCAUGGACCGGCACUGUUGAAACGCAUUCACAUUUUUCACCGACUUUGGCCCGUUUAGAUUCAGAAAGUCAACCGGCUUCAGACGAGUCGAACGCUCCAGUCCAGGCCCCAAACCUACCCAUAGAUAGAACUGCCGGUUUGGGUGCUUUGUGUUGUGCGAACGCUCUAAACGAGGAACUUUGCGAUCGUAUGUUUGUUCGAGAUCUGACCGAUCCAGAGCCUCCAAGUGUUCCGCAUGUCACUUCGUGGUCGGAUGGAGAAAACCAAAAUUCACAGGUUCAUCUCAUUCCUUCGGUCUCAGCGAGUAUCUCACCUGGUAUGAUGUGGCAGUCUACCAUAGUCUCUACGGACCCGACCCUGUUUCAUCCAUUACCCAUUCACCACUCACCAUUUCGUCCAGUCAAAUUUAUUGAGGCCGGAGGCAUCCAGUCGCAUGAUCCGGUCUCGGACCAGCAUCAAUCCAUUGUGCCCAGUUCCACGGGAGCACUACAGACGUCAAAUAACACAAGCGGCAUCAUUCAUGAAAACUCCACCACUUCAUGCUUGUGUCAUUCUCGUUGCGGUAGUCGGCGACCAGAUUCGGCCCCCGUACGUAUUUCCCAAGGUCCUCCCAUCGGUCGGGUCGGAUUUUCUCUCUACGGCACAGACAGCGGGUCAGUCAGCGAACCGAAUGACGACCCGUUGCCGGUCGAUACGGCCAAUGACGGAGAUGAUGAGAGUGACACAGAGAACACUCCAACCUCGCGUCGACGAUACGAACGGAAACAACUACAACACCGUCUGUCCCGGCACAGUUUCUCUGGUCACAGCUACUCUGCCUUUGGUCCAUCCACCCAGUCUUGUCAUGACCGGUUCUCAAGGGUCCGUGUAAGAGACCCGGAAGGUUCUACCAUAACAUAUGGCAAUUCAGUGCUCUGUAUACGCCCACGCGUAACUCCCCGGAACGAGUUUCGCAUCGAGCCGCUGUGGCUGCGACGUCGGCAAGUACCACCGUCGUUGUCCACACUGGCCUCUUCCGGUCGUCGAUUUACUGUGCACGAACAAAGAGAUUUGGGUAAGUCUAAAGAAAUCACUCCACUCUUAUCUCUAGCUAGGUUUGAGCAGUUGCUUGUAUACAUUUGGGUGGCCAAUUAG